CCGGAGAAGGGAGCCGGAGGGGUCCGCACGGGGGACCCGGCCCGGAGAGGUGGGUGCGUCCGAAGCCGACCAGUGAGCGAGCGGAGAGAGGGGGCCGCCCCGCCUCGCCCCCGGGACUCGACUCCCCGCCCCCAACCCGGAAGCCCGCGGCGGCGCGCGCAGCCCGCGCCCCCGACACCGACCCAGCACCAUGGCCGCGACCGCGCCCCUGCGCGACUGCCAGGCUUGGAAGGAUGCCGGGCUCCCUCUCUCAACCCCAAGCAACGAGGCCUGCAGGCUGUUUGAUGCCACCCUGACCCAGUACGUAAAAUGGACCAAUGACCAGAGUCUUGGUGGCAUUGAGGGCUGCCUGUCAAAGCUCAAAGCAGCAGAUCCAACCUUCGCCCUGGGCCACGCCAUCGCUAAUGGCCUCAUUCUGAUUGGCACUGGACGCUCCGUGAGGCUGGACAAAGAGCUGGACCUGGCCGUGAAGACGAUGGUGGAGAUUUCCAAAGCUCAGCCCCUGACGCAGCGGGAACGGCUGCACGUGUCUGCAGUAGAGACCUUUGCCAAGGGGAACCUUCCAAAAGCCUGUGAGCUGUGGGAACAGAUUCUCCAGGACUACCCGACAGACAUGUUGGCCCUGAAAUUUUCCCACGAUGCCUAUUUUUACCUGGGCUACCAGGAACAGAUGAGAGAUUCUGUGGCUCGAAUUUAUCCCUUCUGGACACCCGACAUACCCCUUAGCAGCUACGUGAAAGGCAUGUAUUCUUUCGGACUGAUGGAAACCAACUUCUACGAUCGGGCAGAAAAGCUCGCCAAAGAGGCUUUAUCUGUUAACCCGACGGACGCGUGGUCGGCGCACACCAUCGCCCAUAUCCAUGAGAUGAAAGCAGAGGUCCGGGAUGGAUUGGAGUUCAUGCAACGCUCGGAAACCCACUGGAAGGGCUCUGAUAUGCUUGCUUGUCAUAAUUAUUGGCACUGGGCUUUAUAUCUGAUUGAAGAGGGCGAAUACGAGGCCGCGUUGACCAUUUAUGAUGACCACAUCCUCCCCAGCCUGCAGCUCAGCGGGGCAAUGCUGGACGUGGUGGACAGCUGCUCCAUGCUCUACCGGCUGCAGAUGGAAGGGGUGUCUGUGGGUGAGCGGUGGCAGGAUGUCCUGUCUGUGACCCGGAAGCACAGCCGAGACCACGUCCUGCUCUUCAACGACGUGCACGUCCUGAUGGCGUCCCUGGGCGCUGGGGACUCCCAGACCACGCAGGAGCUGCUGAGCACCCUGCGGGACGCCAGCGAGUCCCCGGGGGAGAACUGCCAGCACCUCCUGGCCCGCGACGUGGGGCUGCCCUUGUGCCAGGCCCUGGUGGAGGCCCACAGCGGGAACCCCGACGGCGUCGUGGAGCUGCUCCUGCCCAUCCGCUACCGGACCGUCCAGAUCGGAGGCAGCAAUGCCCAGAGAGACGUCUUCAACCAGUUACUGAUUCACGCGGCCUUAACCUCCUCGUCCAGCACCCACAGGAACGUGGCCCGGAGCCUUCUGAUGGAGCGAGACGCCUCGAAGCCCAACUCCCCACUGACUGCGAGGCUCAUACGCAGGGCGGCCGCCGUCCACCUCCUGCAGUGAGAGCCGGCCUGGCCGCCUGCCCCGCGGAGCCUCCCCGGCCGUCAGACCAGCUGCCACACUGGCUGGCUUCGCAGGGUUACGAGUAGCUGGAGCCUGUUGAUUAGGCCUGUAAAGCGCGAAGCCCUGUAACCAGCAGCGUUACAGGAAGAGGGGACAGAAAUCAAUUUGCAGCAUGAUUCUGAAUCUUCUAAUCCUCGUUAAGGGCCAGGGUGCAGUUUUAAGCAGUCAGAGCCGAGGUGGGGACCGCUGUUCCACUUGCCUUGCAAAUUGUAUUUUCCCAGGGGACCCUUAUGCCUUCUGGUCGGUCAAGGGUCGGAAGGGUUGGUGCCGGGCUCAGCUGGGGGAGGGGAGUCUCCUACGCAGCCCCUGGGGGCACCCCUCCCCCCCAGCCUAGGCUGCCCCUGGGAUAAACCCCUGCAUUCUGUCUUCCUCCCUGUAUUCCAGGAAGGUUCUGUUGUCCCACCUUUUGGGUGAGGGUACCAAUGGGGGGGGUGACUUGCCCAGGGUCACAGCUAGCGGAGGCCCUGCUGGCAUUUACCCCAGGCCCCUGUGCUUCCUGGGAGAGGGACCCCCACCUUGCUGCCCGGGGCCUCGGCCCUUCUGCUGUCUCUGCAGAGAUGUCCUCAAGCUUCUCGCUGGGCUUUGGUGGCGCUGGUUUGGGCUUGUUUUCUCUUUAUUCUAAGCUGCACUUCGUAAAGGGGCCUCGGGUACCUGGUUUCCUUUGUCAGCCAUGCUUUUUUUUUUUUUUU